AUGUUAUCCAAGUUCGAUAUACAGUGCUACACACCGCAUACAAUUUUGAGCCAAGCCUUAGCAGAUCUGAUAGCCCAGUUUCCCUCUGGCAAUUUCGAACUGGUGCAAGAUGAUCUUCCUCACGAAAAGCCCGACUCCACUUAUUACGCAGAUGAAAAUGUGGUUUGGACAUUAUCCUUUGAUGGAUCGUCGACCUCUAAAGGAGGUGGUGUGGGGGUAGUCCUAACCUCAGGAGAGGGAAAGGCUCAAAAAUUUUCGUACAAACUAACUUUUGCGUGCUCUAACAAUAUGGCAGAAUAUGAAGCCCUGGUUUUAGGAUUGUUGGCAGCUCGAGAAGAGAAAUUCAAGUGUCUGCAUAUCCAGGAAGAUUCAAAUUUAGUAGUAAAACAACUGGACUGGACAUAUGCCAUCAAGGAGCCGACUCUGGCAAUAUACCGAACUGCUACCCAAAAGCUGAGCGGUCAUUUCAAUGAGCUUCGUAUAACCCACGUGCCUCGGGCAACAAAUCGCUAUCCGGAUGCCUUGGCAACUUUAGCUUCCAAGGUUGAGAUAACAGGAGAAUUAGUAGAUAUCUGA